AUGUCGAAAAGUGGAAAAUGCUUUGAGUACGUAGAAGAGCGUUGGAUAUACGAACUGAGAACGUAUUCCGAAAAGAAGUUGGACUCAACAAUACACAAAACAGUUCUCGCGCUCCAAGUGGAAGGUACAACCUCACCGAUUGUUUUAAAGAGGGUAUCCAAAAUCCCUCCUGUUUACGAACGCCCAACGGCCAGCAACAUUUCAUUUGAGAAAGGAGGCUUGUUUAACGUAUCAAAGCCAUGCAAUCGUCAGCCGCGUGUGUCAUCUGCUUCUCGUGGCGUGAGAUCGUGGUCACCCGAGGAAGACUCUUCAAAAAUGGAUACAGUUCCUUUGCUAACCCCAUCCAUGGAGACGGAAUUGUUAAAAGAACCAUGGGUAUUCCCACAGCCAAAGAUGAAUGUAACAAAAGAAGACGAGAAAGCACCAUCCUUCACAUGGGAGGAGAAUUUUCAGGAUUUAAGCGGCUGGUGCAUGGACACGUUCCAGGGUCAAUGCGAUUUUCAUACAGGUGAAUCACCUACUUUUAAACUAUCAGGUACGAAAUACGAGGGUAAUAGCGUUUUGUCUUCAGAAGAGGGGGUAUUGAAAGAUUUGAUGAGUGUAGGAGACGAAGAAAAGUGGAGUUUGAAAAUGAACACUGCUGAGACAACCAAACAUUCAAAUAACAGUUGUCCUAGCUUGCAAUCUACAUCAAACGUAACUAGCAAAUAUGAAAGGAAAGAUAGUCCAACAGAAUCGAACACAUCCAACCUGUGGUUAAAGCUAUCAAAAGGAUCAACAGCUACUGUAAAUACAAGCUCAUGGAACAAACAGAGUAUUACAGAUGUUAGCACACCAUUCCAGUCCAGGUACCAGAUAGAGGACAUCGAUUUAAAAGAUGCUUGUCCGACCUCUUUCGACUCUACCGAGAAUCAACGUGAAGCAUGGGAUGUGUUACGGACAGUCGAAACCACUGGAUCGGAUACAUUUGAUUUAUUAUCGUAUGUUUGCGAUGAUGAAAUGCAUUCUCCAGACGGUAGUGUUUCAACGGAUUCUUCAAUAGCAUCGAAACCAUGGUCAUCUUCAAAAUUAUCCGCAACAAUUCCACAAACUAGUGUGAAAGUGAAAACGGAGAAGAAUGAGACUGUCACCCCGGAGUGUAGAAAAAGUCGAACAGCAGCAUCAACGGUAACUUCGUCUUCUACAGAAGUACCUGUAGUAUCAACACGGAGAACAGAACGAACGAGGAUAUCGGUUAACAACAAAAUAGAGAAACCUUAUAACCGAGUGCGACGCGAGAGGUCAACACGGAAGCGUUAUGUCGAGUCUGACUCAGAGGAUCAACCAUUCGUUUCGCAUUAUCGAGAGUCCAGAGAAAAGAACAACGAAGCUUCAAGAAAGUCACGAAUGAAUAAGAAAGCGAAGGAAACCGAAAUGGCGAAGAAAGCGCUCGAAUUGGAACGGGAUAAUAGGAUAUUGAAGAUGAAGGUUGAAGAACUUGAAAAACUUGUAACAUCAAUGCGCAGUGCAUUACUGAAGUCCGCUUUGAAGAAAGAAUUUUAAAAAGCGUGUCGUCGUUGUAUUUGUUUCCAAAGUUUAUUACGCGUCAGGAACCGCGUUAGAUGACGUUGUACUUUUCCUCUUUUAUCAUCACGAUUAUCACUUUUUUUUUAAGUGUUCUAUAUGUUUUGUGAUAUAAGAAAAGGAAGCAAUGGGUUAUUUUUAUCUAUAUCAUUGCAAUUAUUACU